AUGUUUCCAGGGGGCACACUUAGCGCGACCCGCGCGUCAUCCCGCGCCUCGUCCCGCUCAGGCGGCACGGGCGCCACGCUGGACUCCGGAUCGUCCCGGCGAGCGUCGCGGCGCGGCGUGCCAGUGUCGGCGUCCCGCGCAGGUGCCGCGCGCACGGCGGCCAUCUUGCUAAUCUCGCGCCACCUGAAGGCCGUAAGGCGGGACGGCGGCGCGCACGCGCCCAAGUGCGCCGCCAAAGGUUCCCGACGUCCAAGUAUAAGUUCAGUGCAAAGCAGUUCAUCCUCUAUAAGAAGCUACAGUGCUAGACGUUGGGAGAAAGAGCGAGAACAGAAGGAGAGGAGACAGAUGAGCAUGCGUCUCGCUCAGUUGCACGACAAAAUGAAUGCAGGGAGAGAGAUACCUAAACACGCGCCCACUCCGUCUCCGCGCUCUCCCAAUAACUCUACGGAUGGACUGCUGCCAUCUGUAUGUGAAAUUAGAGAAUUGUCAACAAACCCCGAUCAACAAAUGCAAGGCGUCGAGAACCCGUGCUCGAGCUCGUCGCUUUACUGACAACAGCGUUCUAAAUCGGUGCGUCGGUCCCUCGACUCACUGUCAUCCGACGGGUCCCCCGCUUACGCCUGGAUGUAACAGCGGCUAAAAAAAAAUAUUUAAACUGCCAGUAACACUGAACGCAUCUGAAAGUGAUGUGUAUGACUUUAGAACGUGAACGCAAUUUAGUAUUUGGAACGCACCCGAAAAUGGAAUAUAAAUUCCAAAUUUGAAUUAGGAAUUGGUUUAUACUGGGUGAUAAGACUGUUAGUGCUUGUGGGAUCUUCAAAAUAGUGAAUUAUAAAGACAAAUUGAAUUUGUAAGGUUUUGACAUUCGAUUGCUUGGCUUUUGAGCUAGGCUAGUUAGUAUUGCUAUAUGUGAUGCUACAAGGAUGUGUUUUGUGUGUAAAAUGUACGUCGAAAGAUAUCUAAAAUGUAAUCAAAUCAAUAUCAAAUUAUAAAAUUGCUAUUAUACUAACAUGUUCAAUUCUAGUCUGUGAAUGACAGACGCACUUAAUUUCCUUAAGUACAUGUUCAAUGGCAUUAGAUUAAACCUGUCAAACUUAGUAGGCCGAAAAAAAUAUAUCUGGCGCAGUAGACUGGUUCUUUCUGCAUGACCAUUUGUUUAGGGAGUUUACUUUUUAAUAUGUCCCUGUCAAUUCUGUAAAACCAUAUCGAUCGUGUCAUAAUAGCAAUUUUAUGGGAAGUAUACCGCGUUUAUUUGAAAGCCGAUUAACGAAACCCAAUAUUUAAAAGCCA